UUCCUAGAAGUUGAAGAAAGAGGUAAAAAUGUCUUCAAAGGUUUUACAUUCAGCAACAGAUAAAGGAACAGAUGUGCAGAAUCAGCUUGGAUGCAUGAGCGGAAUAUUUCAGCUCUUUGGCCGUCAAUAUUUUCUUACCGGCCGACGAGUCAAUGGCCAUAGCCACAAAAGACUCCCAUCAGGUCAGUAUGUCAAUCAUGGAAUGGAGAAGAGUGGGACAAGGCAAGAAACACCGGUAGGAAAAGAGAAGCUAAUGGCCCCUGUUGAACCAUCGCGUACAUCCUUUUCAUCAUCUUGUUCCUCGUCAACCUUCUCAUCAGCUGAUUGGAAUAAAAAAGCUCAAUCAGAACCUUCAUCAUCCUGCCAAAGUAGCUGUACCAAAAUUACAUCCCCACCAUUGCUCACUAGACAACCAAGUUCCUCCCCCCACUUGUUGCCGCAAUCCCUUGAUAUUCGGGAUAUAGUAAAGGACUCCAUGUACAGAGAAACAAAUAGAUUAUCCGUCAAAACCACAAAAGAAAAAGUCGGGGUGAAAGCCAUGAAGCACAUAGAUUCUCCGAGGCCUUUUCAGCAGCAUAAAUCCGUUAACACAAAACUUACCAGAAAUGAUGGAUCAUUGCGCACUGUAGGGAAGUCUCGAGGUGCACCCCGCACUGCCAAAGAACAGAAGUACAGUUCUCCAACUCUGACACCAAGGGAUGCUCCUCGGUACUCUUAUGACGAAAGGAUUUCACAAGAUAAAUUGAAAUCAACGGCAAAGCUCAAAGAACUUCCGAGGCUAUCACUGGACAGUAGAGAGCGUUGCAUUAGAGUUUCUGCAUCUCAAUCUCGAUCAAAUUAUCAGCCUAUUGAAAGAGGUACUGAAAAUGGUAUUUCCAGACAAACUACGUCCCUAAACCAGGAGCCUGGAAGUAAUAAGCGACCAUCUGCCAUUGUGGCCAGGCUAAUGGGCUUGGAACCAACCCCAGAUGAGAGUCAAAGUUUACUUAAGGAAGACUCUGAUGCAAUGUCAAGAACAUCAAGAAUAUACGACAAAAGCAAGCAAAAUCAAGUAACUGGAUCCCCGAUUGUGUCAAGGAUUCCUGGAUCGAAAGAUGAUAACCCACUCAAGAAAUCAACCUCAAGUUCAAAAUCCCCACUAGAACCAGCUCCAUGGAAAAGGACAGACGGCGAAAGCUUGAAAAUUCAAGAACCUCUUAAAAAGUCUUCCCAGGCAUCACCUUCUGUUUAUGGUGAGAUUCAGAAAAGGUUGACUGAACUUGAAUUCAAAAGGUCUGGAAAGGAUCUUAGGGCUCUUAAACAGAUACUUGAGGCAAUGGAAAAGAAAAGAGAGAUCUUAGAGAACAAGAAAGAAGAGCAACUUACACAAUUUGAGUCUCACAGAAGCGAAUGCAGCCCAUCCAGCAGCUUUGAUCGGGUGUCCAUACAGCAGAGGCAAACUAACAAUCCUACCUCACCCAUCGUCAAGGGGUCUAGUUCUCCCAAACGACAUGGAUCCCAGAUUGUGAUAAUGAAACCAACUACACAAAUUGAGAAACCUGCAACUAAGACUGAUUGCAAACCAGUUUUUCAUAAAAAAUGGUCUGGUGACAACGACCACAACAUAUUGGAACUAGUUGGCAGGCGCAAAGCUACACAUAUCGCUCUGAAAAGAAAUCAUAUUAGAGAUGCUUCAAGUUGGGCCCAACCUCCCAACAUAGUAAAGACAAAGGUUGAAAUUCUUAAAUCAUCUCAACAGCAGAGAGUGCCUCAGCACAUUGGGGGAGAUAAUCAUGCCAGUUAUGCAGGGAACUCAAGGAACGCGGGCCAAAGAUUGCAGAAGAAGAAAGAGAUCGACAAGCUUACCUAUUCGACCACCCAAUCACCAGAUCCUGGAAUGUCCAGAAAGGAAUCAUUUAUGCACCCGGUGCAAUCAAGCUUGCCAACAAGAAACUUUCGAGCAAAACCAACCUAUCCGCAGCAAGAUAUUGACCAAUUGAACAGGUCAAGUAAUGAAUCAAGAAACUCGAGUCACCAAGGUGAUACAGUUUCUAUGCAAUCAGAAAGUAGCAGUAGCCCGGAUUCACAAAUUGGGACAGAAAAACCAGGACAAAAUCAUCUUGAGCAGAUUACAGACCUUUUCCGACCCAAGGACCCUAAUAAAGAAAAUUUCACAACUAGAUUGGCUGAAGAUGUGUUAAAUGCUGAACUUGCGGCAGUCACACUGGAACAACCAAGUCCUGUCUCAGUUCUCGAUAUUACAUUCUAUGAAGAAGACUUCCCAUCUCCUGUCAAGAAGAUACCAAGUGCUUUUCAAGAUUAUGAUACUGAAAAUAGUGGCGAAGCAGAACGGGGUGCAGUGUAUAUAGAUCACAUAAAGAACAAAAAAAAAUCUAGUUGCAGCUACAGGUUUGAGCAAGGAAAACUUGAAAACAUCGAUCACUUGAUUCACAAACUUCGACUAGUGAACAGUCAAGAUGAAGCUACCAAAAGUUGCAUUGAAUCUGUUUGUGACGAUAACAAUUCCGAACACAGAUAUAUUGCUCAGAUUUUAGUAGCAGCGGGAAUACUUAUGGAUCGUGGAUCCAACUUGACAGCCAUUCAGCUGCAUCCAUCAGAACUACCCCUGAGUCCCAAAUUGUUUUGUGUGCUAGAGAAAGUGAUGUGUAACACCAAGCUUGUAGAAGAAAACCAUGAAAAAGAGAGACAAUCGAAAUUCAAUAAAGCAAUUCAGAGGAAGCUACUGUUUGAUGUUGUGAAUGAGAUUCUUGCUCUCAAAUCAACUUUGACAGGUUCAGUCAAACCAUGGAUUCACCAAAAUUUGAGAGCAGAAAAUAGCAUGAGAGGAGAUAAACUUUUCAAAGAACUGUGCUCUAAAAUUACUCAUAAACAAUCUGCUACAGACUCCAGCGUAGUUGGUGAUUAUGACAGCAUCACAACAGUCUUAAGUGCAGACAUGAUAAAUGAAUCCGGUUGGGCAGCUUACAAUUUUGAGCUCCCAGAAAUAGUAUUAGAUAUAGAGCGUAUGAUCUUCAAAGACUUGAUUGGUGAGGUUUUAUGUGGCGGGACAACUGGUCUGAGACUGCGACUGCAGUCAGGAACACAUUGUAGGAAACUAUUUCCCAAGUAGCAAUACACGAUCUGCUCAGUUUUCCUCAUAAUCAACUAUUGCUCCUACCUUCUCUAUCUUUCAAGCAUUUCAACCUGUUUAGUUCAGUAGCACAGAGACCUGUAUGUGAUGUCACAGCUUCUCUAGCUAAAUAUAGGACCUUUUAUACUGUCGAUGA